GUGCUUUUGCCCUUCCGUUAUUUCCUGAGUGAGUGUGUACUUUUAGAAAUCAGCCGCGUCUCAAGAAAUCGCUAUAGCUUUUGUCCAGAAACAAGACACUCUCCAUACAUGGGAGUCCUGACGUCAGGCUUCCUGAGAAGCGUGGGCUGCUUUAACUUCCUCAGAAGUCUCUGUGGAGAGAGCUGACUUUAAAGUGGAGGCUGCUGAAAUCCGAACUUAGCCCACAAAUGCCUGGGGACCAGGGAUCGGCCAAGGAGCUCCCCCACACCAGAUAUGGGUUGAAGAUCUGGUAUCUUUUCACAUAUAAUCUGAUACAGUUCUGUGGAUACUCAUGGAUAUCUACAAAUAUAACUGCCAGAUUCUUAACAUUUGGUGAAGACAGCCUGGUGGACACAUACCAUUCCAUAGGAGCUGUGAUGUGUUUCUGCCAAUUGCUAUCAAUUCUGGAAUUGAUCCACGUACUCACAGGCAUUGAACAGAGCCCGUUUCUUCCCCGCUUCUUACAGGUUACCGAAAGGAACAUAAUCCUUUUUGUGGUCAUCACCAGCCAAGAGGAGAUGCAGUCUAAACAUGUUGUUUGGGCCUUGUUUUCCCUCUGGGGCACCCUGGAUGUGAUGAAAUAUCCAUAUCGCAUGUUGUCAGUCAUAGGAACUGAUUUGCAUAUUUUGUCAUGGAUUCAUCAUCACCUUUGGAUACCUCUGUUCCCUUCAAUAGUGCUGACUGAAGUAAUUGCCAUUUACCAGUCGCUGCCAUAUUUUGAGGCCCUAGGAACCUAUUCCUUUCUGUUACCUGGACCUAUUGCCAUGCCAAUACAUUUUCCAUAUGUACUGCAACUCUACUGUGUAAUACUUGUUGUAGGCAUGUACAGCAUCUGCAGACAACUCUAUGAAGAGCUAAGACAGAACACAAGAAGAUGCACGAUAAAAGUAAAGCAAAACUAAUGAAUUUGAAUCACUGCCUACGUUGUUCACCAGGAUUGGAAAAAGCUGCUGGAAAUUUGGAGUCCGUGCUUUCACCCAGAGUCUGAGCUUGCUUACAGAACUCAUAGAAACUCUUCCAAAUCACAUCAUACUAAAUGCACUGCAAUGCUUAAUGCUAGUUAGUACUGCACAACAUGGGCUGAAUCUUAACUUCCAAAAAUGGGUGGGUUGAUAGGUCAGAAGUUAAAAUUCCAAAAAUCUAUAAUAGGAAUCCUUCUACCUCCAACCUACCCACUUACAGUUUUAAUUAAUUUGAGGCAAGGGACAUAAACCGAUCCCAUUCGCUGGGGGUGGGCUAUCAUUUAGAUAUUAUAAUGAAGCUGGAUGAUGGAUAAUUUUAACAUUGAGGGGUUUUUGUGUGAGAUCGGGAUCAGUCCCUUUCAGUUGGCUGUUUGGUUACUUUUCUGUUUAGUGAGAAUGCUGGCCCGCUAAGCUUCUGCCUCCUCUCUAUUGACGAUUGUGCUAUGUCGGCAGCUCCCAGCGCCCGGUAAUGUUCUGCGCCGCUGAUUGGGUGCCGGGUUUGCCAAUAGCCCAAUUAAGGCAUUCACGUUUAAAGAUAGCGUCGGGUGAGUGACACCGAUGCAGCGCGGGCGCCAGAUUCCCAACACCGGAUUGAAAAUCAAAUCCCGGCAGUCAACUUCAGUAAUUUAGUUGAACCACUCCUGAGACACUCAUUGCACAAAUGAGGCGUUUUAAAUCCAGCAAACUGUGGACAUCUAACAGCGACAGCAGUUUGCAAAUUAAAUCUUCUAAGUUCCCAGAAAUUGCCAAACUGUGAAUUGCACCGGAAUGAUUUGUUGUUUAAGAGUCUGCACAUAGUCAUUGUUUUGCAUAAGCAUUUUGAGGUCCUAAACUGGAAUGGGAUGCCUUUGAAUGCUUACUGCCUUUCUCUUGCAGAAAUUGUUGGUUGAUUGUUCAACAUGAUGUAAAUAGUUGGUUAUGUGCCAGAUGUGAACAAACAUUCGAUUCCGGUGAGAUGAAUGGUAGGAUUUUAUUAGUGCACCACUGAACUGUGUCGCCCUGUACUUGCUAUCAAGUUAUUUUCCAACAUCGAGUUACAAUUGGUUAGCUCGGAGGUGGUAUCAUUUAGCAGCAUUCCAUUGAACAUUGCCUGCUGAAUUAUCCAGAUUUACUUGUUCUCCAGGCUCUGAUUAGUAUUCAUUAGAAUGGAAAUAGUUAAACAACUAACUUCUUUUUGCGAACUCUACCUGCCAAAAACGCUGGUUUAAAGUCCAGACUUAACUCGCAAGUAACUGUAAUUCCAAGACAAAACUGGCCCAAUCUAUCAGUGAUAGAAGGUAGCAUGAGUAUAGGAAAGCAACAGAAAUGAAAAUCUUACAGUGCAUUUAUACUGCAACUGCUGCUCUGAGGCUAAGGGUUACAGUUGAGGCUCCCGAUAGCUGAACUGUAUUUACAUUGUUUGGCUUAUUCUUGGCUGGAAAUUUGACAGUCUUGUUCAGGCAAGAGCUCUGUGUCGGACUUGAUACAUGCGCACACAGAGCUCCCUCCCAAUAGUUGGAUAUUUAAAUAUCUAGAAAAGUUAGCUGGGGGCAGACGGGGAGGUGGGGGCGGGGCAUGGGAAUCCCCCUCUGCUCAUGUAACAUUUAAAUUGGGGUCAGUUAUGUUUAAAAAGUGCCCAGGAGGUCCAGUAGACCUCUACCUGAACACUUGGUUUAUAUAGUUUAACACCACAUUGGCCUUGCACUCUAAUCUACCAAACCUUAAACGUGUUAAACAGUUUCACUAAUUGUUGUUCAUAGUGCAUCAUUAUAAACUUCUGCAACAAGUGCGAUAUUGUAUCAAAAAAAUCUUUCUCUGCUCAUCUAAACAAAUCUAAAAGGGGUAAGAUCACUUAGGGCAACAGAAGGUUUCUGGCUAUCUUUUUUCUUAGUUGUUGCUACACACUAUAACACAAACAUGAGGUUAUUGUUAACCAAUCGUAAUAAUUUUCAUUGUAGUUCUAUAUAUAAUGUCUAUUCAAAGCAGUAACUUUUUUACAUUUUACUGUACUUUUUAACGAAGUAAAAUGGAAACUAGUAAAUAAAAUCAGCUAUAGUGAUCAAAA